AUGAGGCCGCCGGCCGGGAGGGAGGGCGGCCGGCGGCGGCGGUGGGCCGCGGGGGCCGUGGCGGAGAGCAACGCGGACUGGAUGGGCUCGCUGCCGGCGGCGCUGCGCUCCUACCCGCUCUCCAACCUGGCCAUCCCCGGGUCACAUGAUUCUUUCAGUUACUGGGUUGAUGAGAAAUCUCCUGUGGGACCAGACCAAGCCACAGCCAUCAAACGUUUGGCCAGAAUUUCUUUGGUUAAAAAGAUCAUGAAGAAAUGGUCAGUGACUCAAAAUCUGACUUUCAAAGAGCAGUUGGAAGGUGGGAUCCGCUACUUUGAUCUUCGUGUAUCUUCCAAACCUGGGGAAACAGGACAAGAGAUUUACUUCAUACACGGUUUGUUUGGCAUCAAAGUAUGGGAUGGGCUGAAGGAGAUUAACACUUUUCUUGAGCAGCACCCCAAGGAAGUAAUCUUCUUGGAUUUCAAUCACUUCUAUGCCAUGGACGACAGCCAUCACCACUUCUUGAUCAACAGGAUCCACUCAGCCUUUGGAUCCAAACUUUGUUCCGUUGAAUGUGUAGAAUCUGUGACUUUACGGUACAUGUGGGAGAAGAAACACCAGGUUCUCAUAUUCUACCACUACCCUUUGUAUCGGGAAUACCCCUUCCUGUGGCCAGGGAAUAAAAUGCCGGCACCAUGGGCUAAUACAACCAAUGUGCACAAACUGUUACAGUUCCUGGAGACCACUCUUGAGGAACGAAGUCGUUAUGGGACUUUUCAUGUUUCUCAAGCAAUUCUCACGCCUCGAGUGAAAACUAUUGCACGGCAUCUAAUUCGUGGUCUGAAGAACACACUUGUUCAUAGGAACCUGCCCAUGAUAUUAAAUUGGGUGAAAGCACAGAAACCAGGUGUUAUGGGUGUUAACAUAAUUACAUCAGACUUUGUGGAGCUGGUUGACUUUGCUGCUACAGUUAUUGCAUUAAACGACCUUCUUUUAGAAGAGGAUGAAUCUGCAACUACAUCCUGAUCGCUGUGUCCCACUUGUGCUCCUUAGCGGACAUCGUCGAACUAUGCUAAAUGUUCUAUUUAUUAAGUGAAACCUAUUGUAAUCUCUGUUUAUUUAAAAAAAAAAAAGCUUUCUAGCGGAAAUGUGGUUAAACAUCACAUAUGGGCGGGUCCCUUCUCCCAGUGAUGUGUGGAUCUGAGUGGAACAGAAAGUGCUGUCUGAGUGCUGCUGCCUGUCCGUCUGUGGCUACGUGUUUGACUAAGUUAUGCACACAUCUGCUGCAGUCUGGCGCGGUGUCUGCCUGCCAACAAGCGGCUGGCCUCCGGAGCAGAUGUACCCGAUUAUGGCGCGCGUCUCCCUGGUGACUGGACUCACCGUGCCCUUGUGCGCGCAUCCUGCUUAUUUCUCAACACCAGGGCUCAAACCGAGGAUUGCUGCUGAUCCCUUAGCAGCAGUGUGACCAGGCCAGCUGAGAUGGUAUUGUUCUUGGGCCACCUCAGGCGUAGCUGGGCUCAGCUGGAGGCUGCUGCUGUGUUCAUUACGCUGUUUUAGACACUACCUCUGACUUACUUGAAGAAACAAUAUUGCUGUUGUUCAGGGCGAAGUUGUUACACUGUGUUGAAUAUCCAAACUGUCCUUUGGGCCUGAGAGGCGAAGGCUUGGCACACUCUGCCUCUUUGGACUCCAAACUCUUCUUCUGGACCUCUGUAUUUUACUUUAAUACUUUAAUACACUUAUUGCAACCACGUUUAA